UAACUACCUAAUAAAACAGAACAGAGAGAGAGAGCCGCGUAGUACAACCAACCAACGUAUACGCGGACGCGGAGAGAGAGAUCCAAGUAGUCGGAGUGCCUGUUCAGGCAGCCUUCAAGGGUAAACAACAUAUCAACAACGGAAGGUAGAGGGAAACGGGAGGCGAGAGAAAUGGCCAGUUGCAACGGGGAAGUGGACGACGUCGAAAUGGAGACGGAAGAGGAUAAUGCCUCCCAGGCACUGGAUGACGAAAGCGGCAGCAAACUGUGCCGCCUCUGUGGCAAGCUGGAGCUCCAGAUCGUCGACCUAUUCGGCGAAUACAGCACCCAGCGCGACCUCGUCCACAAGAUAGAGACGAGGCUCUCCAUCCUGAUAGAUGAGAGUGAUCCUCUGCCCAAGGCGAUCUGCAUACAGUGUGUGGGUAAACUUGAAUUUGUGUGCGACUUUCAAGAGGAGUGUCUGCUCAUCCAAAACGUGUUACACGAUCAGUACAACCUACCAUCUUUAAAUGUUGAUGAACAGAAACCUGAAGAAUCAAUAAUAUCAAUACCAAGUACUUCAACAAUUGCUGAAAACAAUAAUAUUAUCAGUUUGAUAGAAAAUGCUGAAAUUAUUAUAAGCAACGAAAGCAUAGUUGAACAUUGCAUCAGCAAUUUGAAUAAUAAUAACAUUUGUGAUAAAAAUUUGAACCCUCCAGAAAAUGAUACAAAUCUAGAUGAAACUAGCUGUGCAAAGGUUUCACCUAAAACAAGAAAUCUUAGGAGUCAACUAACAAAAACUGAUGUAAAAAACGAAACUCUAGAUGUACAAAUUGAAUUUGAAAAUGAUGAAAAUUUAUUAGCAAGUAUUCAGCAACCGGAAAUAACAACUACCACACGUAAACUCAGAAGUAGUCUGAGUACAGAAUCGUCCGAUGCAGACGUUAAUGUAUCAAAAACCAAACGUGCCUCUAUAAAAAAUAAAAGACUGAGAAGUCACAACGGUAGUGUUGACAGUACAACGAAUUCUAAUGAGAGUUCCAACGCAAAUCAAAUUGUAGGAGAGAUAAAUAAUCAAGAGGAUUACAUUAAUAAAAUCCAAAUUCCUACCAAUACUUUGAACAAAGUAUUGUCAGCUAUAACUAAUACUCCUGGUAUAGGUGUUGCUGUGAAAGAGCCUACAAGUCGCAGCAGUGAUGUUGAAGAUAUAAGUUUUACAGUUGAAUUGAGUAAGAAACAAGAGACAGAUUCCUUGACUGUACUAGCCAAAGUUUUUCCUAAUCAAGGAUCAUGUUUAGUAGACGAAUCGAUAGUUACAUUCCUAGAAGAGGGAACUACAGAUGAAGUUAAUACUCUUGUUAAUAAUAUUGUCAAUCCAGCUGCUUCUAGGGACAAUAGUCGCAGUUUGAUUGAUAAAUUGCAAAACGCAGAGGAUAUCUCUAAUAACUCGCUAAAUCCAGAGGAACUCUAUAAAAUGGACGGUCUAGAGAUUCAUGUCGAUGACAAUGUUGAACAGAUUCAUGUGAACAAUCAAGUGAGUUACGCUUGUAAAAUAUGCCGAAAAGUAUACGAACGCAAGGACAAGUGCAUAGUCCAUGUAAAAACACACCUUGGAAUCAAGCAGUACAUGUGCAUUUUGUGUCAAGCGAGAUUUGUCUGCAAAUCCGACGUUAUGAAGCACAUACGUUGUUCGCACACCAAUCCCCGACCCAUCGCAUGCUCCAAAUGCCCCAAAAGAUUCAGAUCUAAGUUUGACUUGGCUGAGCACAUGAACGUUCACAAGGGCAUCAAACCAUAUCAGUGCGCCGAUUGUGAUCAAAGCUAUCAUCACAAAGUUUCGCUACAAAUGCAUGUUAAAUCUCACAUGCCUCCUCAAAACUUGGCUUGUGAAUACUGCGGAAAAGUCUUCCCUUACCGCACGAGAUUACUCAGUCACAUUGGCAGCGUUCACAUGAAGGACAAGCGUAAUUUUCGAUGUCGCUUCUGUUACAAUCUAUACUCGAGCCUAACCGUCUUGAACGAGCACAUUAAAACACGGCAUACGACCACCUACACCUGCGAGACUUGCACCAAAACUUUCAAAGUAGCUUCCAAGUACAAGACUCACGUGUUGCAGCACAGUAACCCUAAACCAUUUGGUUGCAACAUUUGCAAAAACCGAUACGCUUCCAAGGCCUUUUUAAAUGAGCAUCUUCUGAAGCACCAAGGUGUCCGCAAGCAUGUUUGCCCGAAAUGCAAUGCUUCGUUCGCGCAGGCAAGUCAUUUGGCUGCCCAUCGUCACGUUCACGGAGAAAAAAGUUAUCCCUGCCCUGAGUGUGGCAAAUUGUUCAAUCGCCGCGAUAACAUGAAGGUUCACAGAAGACGGCACUUUAUGUCCAUCGAGAAAAAAACCAACGUCAAGCAAAGGAUUGGUUCCAACGAUGAAAAUGUGAUUGACGCUAAUGAGAAUUGA